CCGAAAGCGGAGGCCGCCGCAAUUUGCAGUUGUCGUUGUCCGCGCGAACAGGCAGCACCCUCGCAUGCCCAUCCCCCGAGCCACCCUCGAGAACAGCAACAACCACAAGCGGCCAGUUGUGCCCGGCGCGGCCCGAAAAUUAGCGGAUUAUAACCCAAAAAACUGAUUUGAGUGCCAAAUCGCCUGUGCGCCAAGAUGCAGUCGGCGCCGAGCGGUGCGGCCGUCAGCGUGCGGGAGGCGUACAAGUACUAUGGUAGCAGCAAAUCUCCCAAAGUCAUCCUCGACCGUCUCAACAUGACGGUGCCUCGCGGAGCCAUAUAUGGUCUGCUGGGCGCUAGCGGCUGUGGCAAAACUACCCUGCUCACAUGCAUCGUGGGCAGGAGAAAACUCAAGUCCGGCGAUGUGUGGAUACUCGGCGGCAGACCUGGAUCAGUGGGCAGCGGCGUGCCUGGACCCAGAAUCGGAUACAUGCCUCAGGAUAUCGCCUUGUUCGGCGACUUCUCCAUCAGAGACACCAUGUUUUAUUUUGGUAAAAUCUUCGGCAUGUCCAACGCGGAAGUCGAGGAGAGGGCGGUUUUUCUGCACAGGAUGCUGGAAUUACCGCCAGACGACAGACUGGUCAUCAAUUUAAGCGGCGGCCAACAGAGACGAGUGUCUUUCGCAGCGGCCCUGUUGCACGACCCCGAAUUGCUCAUUCUGGAUGAACCCACAGUCGGCGUGGAUCCUGUUCUCCGGCAAAGGAUCUGGGAUCAUCUAAUGUACAUUACACAGACUGGAAACAAGACAGUAAUCAUCACGACGCACUACAUUGAAGAGGCUCGCCAAGCAGGCACUAUUGGACUGAUGCGUAACGGCACCCUUUUGGCCGAAGACGCGCCCAGCGAGCUGCUGGUCUUGUACGGCUGCAGAACCCUCGAGGAUGUGUUCCUGCUGCUGAGCCGGAAGCAGGGCCGCAACAACCAGGACGUCGUCGCCGACGCCGAGGACCCUGACGAGACGGCCAACAACCAGCGGAAUGCCAUCCAGCAACUGCAAAUUCAGCACCACCGCCAACAGGACAAUAUUCGAAGGGCCAGUCUCGAGGUAGUGUCACACAACCAGGAUGAGCAAGGAAUGAAUUUGCAGAGAAACACAACUACUGCCUCAACAGCAACCUUGACUAAUAAUGCUGACGAUAUGCACAUCCCCUCAGGACAAAGACGGCAGCUGAAAAAUAGGGCCUCCAUCGCAGGAAAAAUGGAGUCGCUGCUGAAAAAGAAUAUACUCAGAUAUUGGAGGAAUCUUGGAGUGAUGAUGUUCAUCCUCGGAUUUCCGCUCCUGCAGAUAGGAGCAUUCUUUCUUGCCAUCGGACACGAUCCGAGACACUUGCCGAUCGCCAUCGUUAACGACGAGGUGCCGUGGUACCGGGCUGGACCUGGGCCUUCCUACACAGGCGGUCCACUCUUCGUGGAAAGCGACCGCUGCAUGGGCAUGUCUGUGCCCGGCUGCAACAUGACGAGACUCAGCUGCCGGUUUUUGGACACCCUUGACCCGCAGUUCGUGACAAAGAGAUUUUAUUCGGACGUGAAAAGCGCUCAGGAUGCCGUAAGAAAGGGCGACGUGUGGGGCACGCUGCACUUUGGAGCUAACUUCAGUGUUGGCCUGGAGGAGAGGAACGAAAAAGGGAAGGACACGAGCGAUUUAGCCCUGGAAAUGGGUGAACUCAGUGUCUGGCUUGACAUGUCAGAUCGACAAAUCAGUCUGUUGUUGAAGAAACAGAUUCUGGACGCCUACAAGACGUUUUUCAGGGAACUGCUGUUCGAUUGCGAGUUGAACCACAAAUAUGGCGAGAUUCCGAUCCAGUUCAAGCCACCGGUGUACGGCGUCGAGUACCCAAGCUACACCAUGUUCAUGGCGCCUGGGGUCAUCCUCACAAUUGUGUUCUUCCUCAGCACUGGUAUCACCUGCACGACCAUGAUAUCUGAGGUGCACGAAGGCAUUUGGGACAGGGCUUUAGUCACAGGAAUUACGGCAGGAGAAAUUUUGCUGUCGCACGUGCUGACGCAGCUGCUGGUGCUGUUUGUGCAGUCCAUCGAAUGCCUGUUGCUGUCCUUCUUUCUCUUCGGGAUGGAAAGCAAUGGAUCAAUUCUCUUGCUCACAUCCUUGACGGUCCUUCAAGGAUUCUGCGGAAUGUGUUUUGGAUUUCUGAUCUCUAUCGUGUGUGAGAACAUUUCUGCGGCAAACUACUUAUCUAUUGGCAGUUUCUACCCAAUGAUUCUGCUUUGUGGUAUCGUGUGGCCCUUAGAGGGAAUGCCGACCGGCCUUCGGUUGUUCUCACUGCAGCUGCCACUGACCAGGUCGACGGACUCGAUGAGGAACAUCAUGACCAAGGGUUGGGGCAUUCAAGAGCCCGGUGUGUACGAGGGCUUUGUGGCCACCAUCAUCUGGAUCAUGGCGCUGCUGGCCCUCUGCGUGCUCGGCCUCCGAAUCAAGAAGGGCUAAACCGGCCGCGCUCGGAUUUCUGUCCACUUGUCGAGCUUUAAAGCAAAUUUAUGCACACCCACACAGUUGAUAAUGUAAUGAAAUAUGAGAAAUGCUCAGAGACUCCUUGCAGUUUAGAAAUAUUCACGUUUAGUUAUUUAGUGCGUAAGAAUUGCGGACCGGAGCAAGUAAAUUAUUAGCGACGAUUUUGUAAUGAGAGCAAUUGCGAGUGUCAGUCGGAGUCAAUCGUGCAUGCGUUCUGAGGAUUUCUUAACCGUAAUGCCAGUGCAUGUUGUGAUGAGAGAGAGGCUCGAAAACCAAUUCUGCGACACCUUUGCUGCUGUGAUUGUAAUAUUUAACUGCAUUUAUAUCUGUUUUUUUUUAUCAAUUUAUCACAAGACGUGUGAAAUAUUUUUGUCGUUAAGCCGCCCUCUUUUGGGUGGGGAAUAUCGUUCGUCGCCUUUGUACAUACUAAAAAACGGUGACUUUGGAGGACCUAUUGAUCGUUUCGGUUUCUUAUACACAAGUGGUGUCAUUUUUGCUCUUUUUAUUACCAGAGUUUGUUACAAAGGACAAAAAUUUUUGGAAUUAAAAUAAAAAUAUACGAUUUAUCGA